GGGAAAACGUUCUGAGCUUCAACAUGGCCUCGCUGUGAUAUCUGAUCACUGGAGAUUCCAUCGUUAGUGCUGAGGCAGUAUGGGAUCACGUCACCAUGGCCAACCGGGAGUUGGCAUUUAAAGCUGGCGACGUCAUCAAAGUCUUGGAUGCUUCCAACAAGGAUUGGUGGUGGGGCCAGAUCGACGAUGAGGAGGGAUGGUUUCCUGCCAGCUUUGUGAGGCUCUGGGUGAACCAGGAGGAUGGGGUGGAGGAAGGACCCAGUGAUGUGCAGAACGGGCACCUGGACCCCACCUCAGACUGCCUCUGUCUGGGCCGGCCACUACAGAACCGGGACCAGAUGCGGGCCAACGUCAUCAAUGAGAUCAUGAGCACUGAGCGUCACUACAUCAAGCACCUCAAGGACAUCUGUGAGGGCUACCUGAAGCAGUGCCGGAAAAGAAGAGACAUGUUCAGUGAUGAACAACUGAAGGUAAUCUUUGGGAACAUUGAAGACAUCUACAGGUUUCAGAUGGGCUUCGUGAGAGACCUGGAGAAACAGUACAACAAUGAUGACCCCCACCUCAGUGAGAUAGGACCCUGCUUCCUAGAGCACCAAGAUGGAUUCUGGAUAUACUCUGAGUAUUGUAACAACCAUCUGGACGCCUGCAUGGAGCUCUCCAAGCUGAUGAAGGACAGCCGCUACCAGCACUUCUUUGAGGCCUGUCGCCUCUUGCAGCAGAUGAUCGACAUUGCUAUUGAUGGUUUUCUUUUGACUCCCGUGCAGAAGAUCUGCAAGUAUCCCUUACAGUUGGCCGAGCUCCUCAAGUAUACUGCCCAAGACCACAGUGACUACAGAUAUGUGGCAGCUGCUUUGGCUGUCAUGAGAAAUGUGACUCAGCAGAUCAACGAACGCAAGCGACGUUUGGAAAAUAUCGACAAGAUUGCCCAGUGGCAGGCCUCUGUCCUAGACUGGGAGGGCGAGGAUAUCCUAGACAGGAGCUCGGAGCUGAUCUACACUGGGGAAAUGGCCUGGAUCUACCAGCCCUACGGCCGCAACCAGCAGCGAGUGUUCUUCCUGUUUGACCACCAGAUGGUCCUCUGCAAGAAGGACCUAAUCCGGAGAGACAUUCUGUACUACAAAGGCCGCAUUGACAUGGAUAAAUAUGAGGUGGUUGACAUUGAAGAUGGCAGAGAUGAUGACUUUAAUGUCAGCAUGAAGAAUGCCUUCAAGCUUCACAACAAGGAGACUGAGGAGAUACAUCUGUUCUUUGCCAAAAAGCUGGAGGAGAAAAUACGCUGGCUCAGGGCUUUCAGAGAGGAAAGGAAAAUGGUACAGGAAGAUGAAAAAAUCGGAUUUGAAAUUUCUGAAAACCAGAAGAGGCAGGCUGCAAUGACUGUGAGAAAAGUCCCCAAACAAAAAGGUGUCAACUCGGCGCGCUCAGUUCCUCCUUCUUACCCACCACCACAGGACCCGUUAAACCAGGGCCAGUACCUGGUCCCCGAUGGCAUUGCUCAGUCGCAGGUCUUUGAGUUCACCGAACCCAAGCGCAGCCAGUCACCAUUCUGGCAAAACUUCAGCAGGUUAACCCCCUUCAAAAAAUAAUACCUACAA